UUGGCUGUAGCCACAGGACCUCGGUGUCAGGCCUUUCCUUAGGACCUGAAUUUCGGACCUGACUUUCCACAUUGAGGUAGGAAGGAUCCUCGCCAAGCAGAUCAGCCAGCAGCUCUGAAGGAAGCCACAAUGACAUGCCCCUGGUCCUGAGGCAACUUUUCCAGAAAGGUCUAAAGGAUGUUAACCUGAGAAACUUCAGUCAUGGCCAGACCAGCCUGGAUCGCCUUAGAGAUGGCCUUGUGGGUGCCCAGUUCUGGUCAGCCUACGUCCCCUGCCAGACUCAGGACCAGGAUGCUGUACGCCUCACUCUGGAGCAGAUUGACCUUAUUCAUCGCAUGUGUGCCAACUACUCUGAGCUGGAGCUGGUGACUUCAGUUGAAGCUCUGAAGAGCACCCAGAAAUUGGCCUGUCUCAUUGGCGUAGAGGGUGGCCACUCACUUGAUAGCAGUCUGUCUGUGCUACGCAGUUUCUAUAUGCUGGGAGUACGCUACCUGACGCUCACUCAUACCUGCAACACACCUUGGGCAGAGAGCUCAUCUAAGAAUGUCCACCCAUUCUACAACAAUGUCAGUGGACUGACCAGCUUUGGUGAGAAGGUGGUGGCUGAAAUGAAUCGCCUGGGCAUGAUGGUAGACCUGUCCCAUGGCUCAGAUGCUGCAGCACAACGGGCCUUGGAAGUGUCACAGGCACCUGUGAUCUUCUCUCACUCGGCUGCCCGCGGUGUGUGUGAGAAUGCUCGAAAUGUUCCUGAUAACAUCUUGCAACUUCUGAAGAAGAACGGUGGCAUCGUGAUGGUGUCCUUGUCUGUAGGGGUGCUGCAGUGCAAUGAAUUAGCCAACGUGUCCACUGUGGCAGAUCACUUUGACCACAUCAAGGCUGUCAUUGGCUCCAAGUUCAUCGGGAUUGGUGGAGAUUAUGACGGCACCAACCAGUUCCCUCAGGGGCUGGAGGACGUGUCCACAUACCCAGUGCUGAUAGAGGAGUUGCUGCGUCGCGGCUGGAGUGAGGAAGAGCUUCAAGGAGUCCUUCGAGGAAAUCUGCUGCGGGUCUUCAGACAAGUGGAGCAGGUACGGGAAGAAAAGAAGUGGCAAAGUCCCUUGGAAGACGUAUUCCCAGAAGAAGAGCUGGGCAGUCCUUGCCGUUCUGUCCUCCAGCGUCAGCCUCUGAGACAAUAUCCGGUCCCAGACCAGAAACUAACUGAGACCCCUAUACACUGGACACCCAAGUUGUCACCAAAGUGGUUAUUCUCGAAAUCCCCACACACAGUCUCAGGCUCCACUGUGGUUGUCAUGUUUGUUGUUGCCAUAUUUCCCAUCCUUAUUUUGUGGCUCUGGUGACCAGUUGGUCCUGACAGAUGUCACUCUGGCACCUCGAUCCCCAUGCAGCUCCCCACCUGUGCAGGCACACAUGUUUCCUGGAAAUAAAU